AUGAAAGUCCAUGCUUUACCCAGUCAAGGCAACAACAUCUUGAUCCAUCACCACCCGACCCGAGAACCCGGAAAGAAGCUCCGACGGCUCCCGCAUAUCUUCAGCCGCGUCUUAGAGCUUCCUCUGAGUUCAGACGCUGACGUGUCGGUCGAAGAGAGGUUGGACUGUUUCAGGUUCGUCGCGGAAACUGACGGAGGAGGUGUGAAAGCUUACGUGGUGGAGAUCCAUCCCGGAGUGACAAAGAUUCUGGUGAGAACGAACGGGUCUUCGUCUCUGGGUUUGUCGCUCGAUGAGCUUGACCUUGACGUGUGGCGUUUCAGGCUACCGGAAUCUACAAGGCUUGAUCUCGUGACUGUGGAUUGCGACGGCGACGGAGAAUUGAUCGUCACUGUGCCUAAGAUUGAAGACGACGGUAGAGAUUUCCCAGAAAGUAUAGGCACUAGUAACAGGAUCGUGCUUGUACAGUAA